AUGGGGGGCGCCAUUGGAGACGACUUUACUCAUGUAUACAUGGGCCCCGAUUUCGUGGAAGAAAGCACAAGUCGACGGCGCUCUCGGAUCGGCAACAUGACUCCCUUUGCAGAGUUCAAUAUCUGGUGCGAUCCUGCGGCUGCCAAGUCCAUAUUUUCCAACUCCGAACUUGCAUCGAAGACGUCGUUGAUCACUCUCGAUCUCACACAUCAAGUAUGUGCAACGGAGCAGGAACGCAAAUUGCUGCUCUAUGGAAGAGAUAAGCGUGACCCACCUACAAGAUUACGACGGAUGUUCUACGAGCUGCUAGUGUUCUUUGCGAAGACAUACGCGGAUGUCUUUGGGCUGACAGAUGGUCCGCCCCUACAUGACCCGGUAGCAGUAGCAAUUCUGCUGGAUCAGCUCUCCGAGGCUUCAGACCCACUGUUCGAUGACUCGCAUCAUGAGCGUUGGCAAGUUGAAGUUGAGAUCGAUGGUGAACAAAAUCUGACCCACCACGAAAAUCAGGGAACUGCACUUGCCCUAGCUCUACACCAGGAAAACAUACCAUGCCAGAUCUUUGAGUCGAGGAGUAAGGAAGCGGAGGACAAUCAGAGUGGUGUGGUACUGACACCCAAUGGGCUGCAAGUCUUGGACGCACUCGGCGUCUUUUCACGCAUUACUGACCGAAGCUGGAAGUCCGAGUUUCGAACUUACAAAAACGACAAAGACGAGACCACGCGCAAGACGUUGAUCGCCAACGAACAGCUCUAUGGAUACAAAAACCACCGCCUCUGGCGCAAGAUCCUACUUACUGAGAUGAAGUUGAUGCUGGAGGAGCGCAAUAUUAACAUAAAGUAUAACUCUCGCUUCGAUGGCAUAUCGCAAGAAAGUGAUACUAGUGUCAGCUUCCGCAUUAAUGGGGAAACCAAGCACACGUCCAUGCUGGUUGGAGCGGAUGGCAUUUUCUCUACAGUACGAAAGUACAUUGACGCUGAGACGCGACCCCAGUAUACUGGAAUAGUGGGUAACUUGGCACAUAUCCGUCGAGAUACUGUCAAAUGGCCCUACUCUGACUACGAGCCAGCAUGCACGAUCCAGGGUAAACCGGGUGCAUUCUUCAUAAUGCCUGAAGAUCCUCAAGCCAAGGAGAUCAUGGUCGGGAUGCAGGUCCGGCUGCCAGAGAAUAGUCGUGCCGAGUGGGAUGCUUUGGCCGUCGACAAGGACAAACUAUGCGACUUUUUCCGAAAGGGGUACGAUGAUUGGCAUGAUACUGCGAAACAGAUCAUCGACCAAGUGUGCAAGGCUAAGGAGUCGAUCUACUUGUGGCCUUUUCUAAAAAUGCCCAAGCUCGAAAGGUGGCAUUCGAACACUGGGUGCGUGGUAAUACUUGGAGACGCGGCGCACGCUAUACCUCCAUCGAGCGGCCAAGGAGUGAAUCAAGCUCUAGAGGAUGUGUACUGUCUGGUUCUAAUGCUCAAGAAGUCGAAGAGCCUGCUUACAGCACUGACAGCAUGGCAAAAGAUGAGGCAGACCCGUAUUGAUGCCAUCUUUGAUUGGGCAACCAAUGCAACAAACGUGCAGAGACUCCCUGAGGCUGAAAGGAAUAGUUUGAUCCGGGAAGGCAAAAUUAAAGACCCAAAAGUAUCGGAGAGCUUCGAUGAUAUGCGCUGGUUAUACCAAUCAAAUUUGGAGCUCGAAGUCUCUUCCGCAAUCAACUCUGGUUAG